CAAGAAAAGGAAAAGGAUGGACAGCCCUAAAAAGCAGCGAUUGCGGAAAUUUUCCAGCGCCAUUGGCUGGGCAGUGUGAGUCUUUCCGUCGGGGCAUGAUUUCAGCACCGGGGGGACUGGACAGCACCUCGGGGGUACUUCUGGGCUUUGGGCAGCCACGGUAGAAACUCCACCAGCAGCCUCAACCACAGAAGCCGCCGAAAACCCCGCUUUGUAUCAGAAAGGCAAGGUCAGUGCGACGCACAGCCAUGCACAGGCAGUGCGCCUCUACUACGCUGCAAACCCUCUGCUUCUUUCUCUAACAUGCCCUUGUUUCUAAUUACUUGCAUUGCUUCCUUUCUGACUAGUGAAGACCGCUAGGCGAGAUUUUCUAAGUGUGUUUUAAAUUUAUAUGUAUUAUUUAACUUAUUUUUGGUUGUUUUAAAAGGGUUGAAGGGUUGUGGGGUUUUUUCCCUACUUUUUAAUUUUUUUCAUUUAUUUAUUUAUUUUUUAUUUUUAUAUUUUUUUGCUUGCCUUGCACUACGUGCCUGGAUAGUUUGUGGAUAUAAUUAUUGACUGGCGUCUGGGCUGUUGCAGGGCGGGGGGGUUAGGGAGGAAAGAAUCCAUCCCCACCCCCCCAAAACCUUUUCUUCUCCUUCCCUGGGUUCGGACGUUGGAGCACUAAAUGAACUUGAAUUGUGUCUGUGGCGAGCAGGAUGGUCGCUGUUACUUUGUGAUGAGAUCGGGGAUGAAUUGCUCGCUUUAAACAUGCUGCUUUGGAUUCUGUUGCUGGAGACGUCUCUUUGUUUUGCCGCUGGAAACGUUACAGGGGACGUUUGCAAAGAGAAGAUCUGUUCCUGCAAUGAGAUAGAAGGGGACCUGCACGUAGACUGUGAAAAAAAGGGCUUUACAAGUCUGCAGCGUUUCACCGCCCCGACUUCGCAGUUUUACCAUCUAUUUCUGCAUGGCAAUUCCCUCACUCGACUUUUCCCUAAUGAGUUCGCUAACUUUUAUAAUGCCGUUAGUUUGCACAUGGAAAACAAUGGUUUGCAUGAAAUCGUUCCCGGGGCUUUUCUGGGGCUGCAGCUGGUGAAAAGGCUGCACAUCAACAACAACAAGAUCAAGUCUUUUCGAAAGCAGACCUUUUUGGGGCUGGACGAUCUGGAAUAUCUCCAGGCUGAUUUUAAUUUAUUGCGGGAUAUAGACCCAGGAGCCUUUCAGGACUUGAACAAGCUGGAGGUGCUCAUUUUAAAUGACAAUCUCAUUAGCACUCUACCUGCCAACGUGUUCCAGUAUGUGCCCAUCACCCACCUCGACCUCCGGGGAAACAGGCUGAAAACGUUGCCCUAUGAGGAGGUCUUGGAGCAAAUCCCUGGCAUUGCUGAGAUCCUGUUAGAAGAUAACCCCUGGGACUGCACUUGUGAUCUCCUCUCCCUGAAAGAAUGGCUCGAAAACAUUCCCAAAAAUGCCCUGAUCGGCCGAGUGGUGUGCGAAGCUCCCACCAGACUGCAGGGUAAAGACCUCAAUGAAACAACCGAACGAGACUUGUGCCCGUUGAAAAACCGAGUGGAUUCUAGUCUCCCAGCGCCCCCUGCCCAAGAAGAGACCUUCGCUCCUGGCCCCCUGCCAACACCCUUCAAGACAAAUGGACAAGAGGAUCAUGCCACCGCAGGAUCUGCUCCAAACGGAGGUACAAAGAUUCCAGGCAAUUGGCAGAUCAAAAUCAGACCCACCGCAGCGAUAGCGGCCGGCAGCGCCAGAAACAAACCCCCCGCCAGCGGCUUGCCCUGCCCUGGGGGCUGCAGCUGCGAUCACAUCCCAGGGUCGGGUUUAAAGAUGAACUGUAACAAUCGGAACGUGAGCAGCUUGGCUGAUUUGAAGCCCAAGCUCUCCAAUGUGCAGGAGCUUUUCCUGCGAGAUAACAAGAUCCACAGCAUCCGAAAAUCGCACUUUGUGGAUUACAAGAACCUCAUUCUGUUGGAUCUGGGCAACAAUAACAUCGCCGCCGUGGAGAACAACACUUUCAAGAACCUUUUGGACCUCAGGUGGCUAUACAUGGAUAGCAACUACCUGGACACCCUGUCCCGGGAGAAAUUCGCGGGACUUCAGAACCUUGAGUACCUAAACGUGGAGUACAACGCGAUCCAGCUCAUCCUCCCUGGCACCUUCAAUGCCAUGCCCAAACUGAGGAUCCUUAUUCUCAACAACAACUUGCUGAGGUCCCUACCCGUAGAUGUCUUCGCUGGGGUCUCGCUGUCUAAGCUCAGCUUGCACAACAAUUACUUCAUGUACCUCCCGGUGGCAGGUGUACUGGACCAGUUAACCUCCAUCAUCCAGAUAGACCUGCAUGGCAACCCCUGGGAGUGCUCCUGCACCAUUGUGCCUUUCAAGCAGUGGGCAGAACGCCUGGGUUCCGAAGUGCUGAUGAGCGACCUCAAGUGUGAGACGCCGGUGAACUUCUUUAGGAAGGAUUUCAUGCUCCUUUCCAAUGACGAGAUCUGCCCCCAGCUGUAUGCUAGAAUCUCGCCUACGUUAACUUCGCACAGUAAAAACAGCACCGGGUUGGCGGAGACUGGGACGCACUCCAACUCCUACCUAGACACCAGCAGGGUAUCCAUCUCCGUGCUGGUCCCUGGACUGCUGCUGGUGUUUGUCACCUCCGCCUUCACCGUGGUGGGCAUGCUCGUGUUUAUCCUGAGGAACCGAAAGCGGUCCAAGAGAAGGGAUGCCAACUCCUCUGCAUCAGAAAUUAAUUCCCUACAGACAGUCUGUGACUCUUCCUACUGGCACAAUGGGCCUUACAACGCAGAUGGGGCCCACAGGGUCUAUGACUGUGGUUCUCACUCCCUCUCAGACUAAGACCCCCAACCGGAGUGGGGGAGGGGAGCUGGAAGACGAGCCCCCCUCCCAGAGGUUAAAGGAGCUCUUAUCCAAGAUCAACGUGCUCCAAGGCUUGACGAACAUAAAUUAAAAAAAUAAUUAUGAACUCGAUCAACUGAGAGGGUCUGACCCGUUAACUCCCUUCUGGAAACAAAGCGCAGACUGUAGCAAGCUGGGAGAGCGCAGCCAGCUCGCUCGUUGCCCGGAGUCCCUUUUGAGAGAAAGCCCACCAGAGGCCCUGCUAGAGAAACUGACUGUGCCCUUGCUGUCAGCCGAGGGGCCCGCGGGGCUCGCUACCGCCGUUCUAUACAUAAAUACAUAUAUCCACAUCUAUAUAGAGAGAUAGAUAUCUAUUUUUCCCCCUGUGGAUUAGCCCCGUGAAUAGGGGGGCGUGAUGGCGCCCUGUUGGCUACACAGGGAUGGCAGUUGCACGAAGGCAUGAAUGUAUUGUAAAUAAAUAACUCAGACUUUUGACAAAACAGCAAGAAACAAAAGUGCUGCAUGGCUCGCAUGGAAUUCACGCGCUCCAGAGACGCUGCCCUUCCCCGCGACUGGAGAUGGCGUCUAGUUCACAGCACCCACCCUCUUAUCUGAUAAGUCCCAUCGUAUCAAACUUUCUAUAAACAAAAUACAGUAUAAUCAGAAAGUGCCAUUUCGCCAUUAUUUGUGAUCGGUAGGCAAUUCAGAUCGUACGUUUACUGUGAAAAAAAAAUGUAAAGGUUUUAUUUAAGACAUUUGCAUGGCUAAUCAUCAGUUCAUUUUAUGAGUUUAAAACGGUAGUUUGUUGAUCGAAGUUUUUAUAGGUUAUUUUGGGUUUUUUCUUCCUUUUAUUUUGGUGGUAAUGUUUUAUUUUAUUUUUGAGGGGGGGUAUUUUUCUAUACAUAUCCAAUAAUGCCUUCCAUCUGAAUGUAAAAUAAGUACUCAUGAUUUCUAUUAUAGUAUCAGUGUAAUUAUAUAUAUAUAUAUAUACAUAAAGGUUUUGAGGCAGUUAAGCAUGACCAGUUAAUGUCACUCUAGUGCUUAGGCUGCAAUCCUAUGGUAGCAAUUCUGUGCUGGUGUAAAUCUUACUUAUAAGGAGGAAAAAGAAUCGAGGAAGCACGUGAAACUUACUAAUUCUAUUCGAGGAUUUUAUAAUGGCAUAUUUUUUCAGUAUUAAAGUGAAAAUGUUUUCAACUCUGGGUCCUUACAUUUUUCCAGCUUAAUAUUUGCAACUGGUAUAUCGGAUUUGUGGUGUAAGGGACAGGGGAGGGGAGCGGUUGGGGGGGUUGGGGGGAUUCCCGGCUUUAGCUACAUUAAAGCUCUUUCUCUAAUCGCUUUGCCUUACCUGGCUCUUUACCCCUUACAUAGCUCCCCCUCCUCUUUCCCCGCCCCUACUUUAGCAGCUUUCCCCUCUCCCUGAAGUAAGGUCUUUCCCCAACUCACCCUUCCCCCCUUUUUCCUCUCCUAAUGCAGCAGUGAAUCCCUUUAUUAAUAAUACUGGAAAUCCCUCGCUGCUGCUUCUGCUGGUGCUGCACACACUGCAGAUACAUAAAGAUGUUAGUAGAGAUUUGAUUUAAUUGACUCUGCCUAGAUUGGUCUCAUUAAACACAGAGGAGAUUUCAUUGGUCAGCACUCCUCGAUGAAAGACAGCCUUAAUGACUGGCAUUUGAGAUGCUGCUGGUAUUUUGAAUUCAACAGCUGCUGAAAAUGGUAAAACUAAUUAGUGUCCACCCACCCUCCCCGCCCAAGCAACUGCAUAUUGAAAUUUGUUAAAGCAUUCAGCUUUAUGGAAAUCAAUCAUUAUCCUAAAGAAGUGUUUCUCUCCCAUCAUCCGGAUUUCUGGUUGUGGCCCAGUAAUUAACAAGAAAAGCAUCCAACUGUUUGAAUUUUAUGAGCCAAUGUAACUCCAGCCUGGAUCAUACUCCUCGGGGAUUUCUAGGCAAGUCUAUUUCAUCAGCAGUUAGGUUACAUGAGGCAAACAAAACCACACAUAUGGAAGAGUCUGCAUUCCACCACAUCUCUUCCCUUGAGGAGCAGUUAAAGGUCUGCAGACCACAGAUAAAAAAGAAGCAAGACAAAAUGUGGGGGGUGGGGGUGGAGAAGGGAUCUUAAAUCAGUUAGUGAAAGCCCAGAGCAGUUGUAAGUAGAUUUGCCUUCUAGAACUUAUAUUCUAAAGGGGAGUGAUUUCUCAGAACAAUGAUGUUCUAGAGUAUGUAUUAUUUAUUUUAACACUUUUAAAAUAAAGUCUAUUAUCAUAAACCA